CGAAACUUUACGAUGAAAUGACCAUACGAAUUUUUCAUUGAAUUUUUACGACAUUCAAUUUAAGGUUAGACUUGGAUAAAUAACAUGUCCAUGAUUUCGAUUACGUUAAACUCAGGAUAUUCUAUGCCAAUUCUAGGAUUAUGUACCUAUCUUGCUGAUAAUAAGGCCACAAUAUUUAAACUGAUUGAAACUGCUCUAAUGGAAGGUUAUCGUGCAUUCGACUCGGGAACGGAUAAAAAUGAAGAAAUUGUUGGAGAGGCCUUAGAAAUAUUCCUCCCGAAAUUCAAAUUGAAAAGAGAAGACAUAUUUAUGAUCUCAAAAUUAGGAAUUAUAUUAGACGUUUACACUCCAAAUAUUUUAUCAUCGAACUAUAUUGACGAUUGCCUGCACCGGUUAAGGUUGAAAUACGUGGACCUCUACGUGAUUCAUCCUCCCAGUAAUUCUAGUCCUAAAAAUUCUGACUCAGAGGAAAUGAAAACAUUACUAGCUAUAUGGAAAUCCCUGGCCGUCGCCGUUAAGGAAGGCAAAAUUAGGAGCUUAGGCGUCUCCAAUUUUAACAAAACCCAAUUGGAAACCAUGUUCAAUUUCGAUAAUCUCGCAAAAUUCCCUCCAGCCUCAAUGACCCCUUCCGUAAAUCAAAUCAGUUUUCAUCCUCGCCUAUUUCGAAACGAUAUCGUAGAGUAUUGUCAUAGUCACGGGGCACAGGUGCAAGCCAUGAUAUCCUUGGAUUCACCGGCUUGCAGGGAUUUGUUGUUGGACAAAACUUUGUUGCGAUUAGGUAAAAACUACUCUAAAACCACCGAUCAAAUACUAUUAAGGUGGGCCCUGCAGCGCGGUUUGAUGAUCAUGCUCAAAUAUUUUGCCUAUUCUAAACCAAUGAUCGAUUCUAAUAUCAAUAUAUUCGAUUUCGAAAUCACGGCAUCCGAUAUGCAGAUUAUCGAUAGCUUGAACAAAUAGAUAAAUUAGAUUUAUUUAUUUUUUUUAGCGGACCAAUAUUUAUUUUUGUCUUUCAAAUAUAGAAAAAAUUUCAAACAAAUACUUAUUUUUUUUAAAAAAAUAUAUAUUUAUUUUUAAAAUAUUAUCAAAUUAUUUUCAUUUUUUUAAAAAAAAUUAUAAUCAGGGAUAUACCUAUAUUUUUCAUCGGAUCGGGUCGAUGUUUUGUAUCUAUCGAUACUAUUGAAUUUACCAAUUAGAUUCGAUAAAUGGCGUCUUAAUUUGUAUUUAUUAAUAUUUAAAUAUAUAUAUAAUUUAAGUGAUUAAUUUUUUUUUUAAAAUGUAUGUAAUUUUAAAAUUUAAUAAAUUAUUUUAAAAUAAUUCUAAUAAUUUUUAUUGGUCAUGUAUAGACAAUUUACAAAUGAUAAUACUAAAUAGACCUAAAUGAUAAUUUCAAUUAACAUUUGAUAGUAGUAUAUUUUUUUAAAUGACUUAUGUAACGGUAUAAUAAAAACUAAGAUAUAUUAAAUACGUGUAUCCCGAAUAAAAUCAAAUUAGUGAAAUCGGACCGGCUUAUUUCAUUUAUUAUAGUUUGAUAUUUAAUCUUACAAUUAUAAAUUUAUUUAUAAAAAAAAUUAGUGAAAUAUUUUUAUAUUUAAAAUUAAUAAAUGCUUCUCAAUUAUAUUUUAGCCUAUUUUUAUUUUAAAAUAUUAUGAAGCUCUUCAUAAAUCUCACAACAUUUUAUUUUUGAAAAUUAUUAAAUAUCACAAUUAUAUCACAUAAUA